UAAUGGACAGCCAGAAAGCGCACUAGGAGGAAACUCACCUACUGCUGUGGAGAGCAGCGCAUUUUCAGUGGGAUAUACAGAUAACAGAGUUUUUCGACGAGCUUUUUCCCCGACGGGGCGAAUAUGGCGACGCUGGGACCGGAGCCCCGUCCUCUUUCCCAGCUGCCUUCUGCCGCAUUACAGACGAAUCUGAGCGGAUUGGGCUCCAGCACGAACCUGCCCCUCAACCGGGGCUUGGAGAGAGCGUUGGAGGAUGCGGCGAACUCUGGAUUUCUGAACCUCAGUACAAGAAAACUGAAGGAAUUCCCACGGACUGCAUCAAAUUAUGACCUGACGGAUACGGUUGAAGCAGAUCUGUCGAAGAAUCGCUUGAUUGACGUCCCAUCAGAGGUGUGUCAUCUGGUCUCCCUGGAAACGCUGAACCUUUAUCACAACUGCAUCAAAAGCAUUCCUGACACCAUCAUCAGCCUUCAGUCUCUCACCUCCUUAAACAUAAGCCGGAACCAGCUGUCAGUUCUGCCAGCAUGUGUGUGUGGUCUUCCUCUGCGAGUGCUCAACGCCAGCAAUAACAAACUCAACGCACUUCCAGAAAGCAUUGGCCAGCUCACCAAUCUCAUGGAGCUGGAUGUCAGCUGCAAUGAAAUCACAGCUCUUCCACGCCAAAUUGUCCAGCUCAUAUCAUUGAGGGAACUCAAUGUUCACCGCAAUCUUCUCUGUGUCCUACCAGAGGAUUUGGCAGAUCUACCUCUGGUCAAGUUUGAUUUCUGCUGUAAUAAAGUUUCUACUAUUCCUGUCUGCUAUCGAAAAAUGACCCAGCUCCAAUCACUACAGCUGGAGAACAAUCCACUUCAGAGUCCUCCUGCACAGAUCUGUAUGAAGGGCAAGAUUCAUAUAUUUAAAUACCUCGCCAUGGAGGCAUGCCGGAGUGACAAGAUGGCUGAUGCCCUGUACCUUCCUGUCACUGACACCCUCAGCUUGACACGACCCAGCAAUGGGAGCACUGAGGACAUCGAUCAGCACAAGAAACUUGACAGUGACUCUGGAGUGGGCAGUGACAAUGGAGACAAACGACUUUCUGCUACAGAGCCAUCCGAUGAAGACAGUCUCAGCUUGAAUGUGCCCAUGACCAACAUCACAGAGGAGGAGGGCUUGAGUAAAGACGACUCUAGUGAACACAUCAGCGGCCUGACAGGAGACAGAAGUUCUUCUGAAUCUCUAAAGGAUCAUUUAAGUUAUCGAGAUUCUGCCCUUAGCUCACCAUUCGUCAACUAUAUCAAAGGUCGAGGUGCUGACUUCGACGAGCCCCUCAGGAUAGAGGAAGAUACUAAUUGGGCUUCAGAACAAACGGCAAAAGUCAAUAUGAUCAAUCAGCUAAAGGAAGCUGUGGAAAUGCUGCAGGAUCCUAACAGGGUUAACAUGAACUCUGCUGAUCUGUCUGGGAUUAAACUCUACCCUGUGGAAAUGGUUACAGUAGACGACUCACUCAAUGGCCAAGAGAGUGAUGAUGGUCAGGCGACACCUAAGGGUGACCUGAUUGGCCAGGAAGGAGCAGGUGAUAGUUGUGAGAACCAAAUUACCAUGAAUGAAGAAAAAACUCCUGUUUCCAGCCCCACACUGAACUCACCUCCCUUUGGUCUGAAGCCUAGAUCAGCUUCACCCUUUGUGCCGUGCUCGACUCCGCCCUGUCCCCUCCCCCUCACACAGGCCCCGCCCACCGAUAGAGACACACCCCCUAGCCCAGCUGAAGGAGACAUGCCAAGCAGUGUGUUUUUUAGGACGCACAAGACUCUGGAAUCUGUGGAUCCUCAGUUCACCAUGAGGAGAAAGAUGGAACAGCUAAGAGAAGAGCUGGAGCUCAUAGAGCAACUUCGAGAGAGUAUUGAGAGCAGACUGAAAGUGGUUCUUCCUGAGGAUUUAGGAUGCUCUCUCAGUGAUGGGGUCGUGCUUUGUCACCUAGUCAAUCACAUACGGCCGCGAUCAGUGGGCAGUAUUCAUGUACCAUCACCUGCAGUGCCCAAGCUCAGCAUGGCUAAAUGUCGCAGAAACGUUGAAAAUUUCUUGGAUGCCUGCAGAAAAAUGGGAGUCCCUGAGGAUAAGUUAUGUCUGCCACAUCAUAUCCUGGAGGAGAAGGGACUGAUCAAAGUUGGCAUCACUGUCCAAGCUUUACUGGAUGAGACGUCCAUCAACCAGACACUCUUCACAUGAGCAUCACACACACUGACACAAUCACAAACACACACUAAUCCCUGUAGAUGGACCAGCAAAGAAACUCCCUGGACUUUCCAUUUAAAACAGCCAGUCCUCAGAUGCAGGUAUGCUCAUGGUUUUCUGGCUUAUUCUUCUGUACUGUUCUCUGAUCACUCUGGCCAUAGACGUAUAUGCAAAAUUAGCUCAAAACUAGCUUGAGAUAUGAAAUUCCUUAUUUAAUACAUAUAUGUAUAUUUAUUAAAUAGCUAGUCGAAAGAUGUACACAAAUGUGCACAAUUCCUGAUGGUUGUAUUAUAUAAAUAUCUCAGUAGGUUUAUUUGAUAUUUGCAUUUGGGCCUUUAGUGAUCUAGAUUUAAAACACGUGUGCUCCCAGAGUCUUACAAUAUGUGACUUUAGUUUUUAACCACUUUUGAACUUGUUUUUUUGGGAGGCGUUGAUGUUUUGUCUCAGGGGAAGUGUGGCCUCAUUAUUGUUUCAUACAGUCUCUGCUCUGCUUGCCUGUCCGUCAGAUUACUAAAAGGUAUGUCGCAGUGUGUGUACUAUGGAAGAUUGUUUAUUAUUUAUAAGAUAACUGACAUUUUAUCUCACUAUUUAGUUUUUUUUUUUUUUCACAAUUUCACAAAGUUUUUCGUCUCAGUAAUUUUUUUCCCCUCAGAAUUAAAAUCUUUGCAUUUUUAUCUCAGCUCAGAGGAAAAGUAAAGAUUGUGAGGUUAUAUCAAUUGUGAGUAGUGAAGUCUGGGUGGAAUUGCAAAAUCUAAACUCAAAUUUGGGAUAUACAGCAAACUAAAAUUUCAUUCUGAGAUUUGAGAAAUUAUAUCUUACUAUUUUUUUUGCUAUUUUUAUCAGAAUUUAGUGCUAAAUCAGAGUUUUAAACUCAGAAUUGUAACAAACCAUAUUUCUCACAAUAGUUGUGCAAUAAUGUUGAAAUUGUGAUGAAAAAAAUCGCAAUAUAAACUAAAUUCUGAUUUUGAAAAGUUUGCAGUUCUGACUUUCUAUCUUAAUUCAGAUAUCUUUACAAUUCUGAGUUUACUCUGUCCUUUUUUCUGUUAAUUUAGAUAACAGAAUUUCCUUUUUUAAAUCAGAAUUUCAAGAAAUGUUAUAAACUCAUAAAAAUAAAAACAUUAAGGUGCAAUUUAGAGAAAUCAAAGUCACAGAAUUACAUAAUGUUAACCCAGAAUUGAGUUAUAAACUGAAAUCUGUCCUUUUUUCUAAACUUUGAGUGAACAAAUUGAACUUUCGGAGUUUAUAUCACAAUUAUGAUUUGUUCAAAUUGUGAAUUUAUGACUCAUAGAAAGAUAUUGAUUCAGAUAUUAACUCAUAAGAAAG